AGACUGUAGUUUAUCUUCACCUGGCUCUCCGCUGCAAAAAAACGACCUAGAGGUGCCUGGCGAACUUGCACUCACAUCUAAAGGAAAAGCCCGGCUCACAGGUACGUUAAAUAUGGCGGCGACGAGCAACGUUACGUGACGGACCGAGGCUGCACCGCUGCAGGCUGAACACAAACCUUGCAGCCCAAAGAGCGGAAGUUGUUCAAGAGCAACACUCUCUGUGCGGCGGAGACGUCGUCAGCUGGUUGUCCUGCAGAGGAGACCCCCCCACCUGGAGUUUAAGGGGGUGAGAGUCGACACACAGUCACCAGGUCCAUGAGCAGUGAGCUGAACGUGCCAAUGGGUUCUCCGGCCCCGGGGGUCUCAGAGCGCUGCCCUGAUGGCGGGGGAAUGGACUACAGGGACUGGGUGCGACGCAGUUACCUGGAGCUGGUGAGCUCCAACCACCACUCGGUGCAGGCCCUGUCCUGGAGGAAACUCUACCUGAGCCGGGCCAAGCUGAAGGCCUCCAGUAGGACCUCUGCACUGCUCUCUGGCUUCGCAAUGGUGGCCAUGGUGGAGGUGCAGCUGGAGAUGCAGUACAAUUACCCUCCUGCGCUCCUCAUUGCCUUCAGCGUGUGCACCACCGUGCUGGUGGCGGUGCACCUCUUCGCUCUGCUGAUCAGCACCUGCAUCCUUCCCAACGUGGAGGCCGUCAGCAACAUCCACAACCUCAACUCCGUCAGCGAGUCACCCCACGAGCGUAUGCACUACUACAUCGAGCUGGCCUGGGGCUUCUCUACAGCCCUGGGCAUCCUGCUGUUUUUAGCCGAGGUGGUGCUCCUCUGCUGGAUCAAAUUCCUGCCUGUAGAAUCCGGCGGGUACAAAGAGGUAAACACGUGCUGCGCCACGACGGCCAACGGCGCCACGAAGCCCACAACAACCCCAUCUCUGCGUCAGGAGAGCGGUUGGCAGGCCGCUCUGGCCUCCACCAUCAUCAUGGUCCCGGUGGGGGUGAUCUUUGUGGUGUUCACCAUUCACUUCUAUCGUUCUCUGGUGCGCCACAAGACGGAGCGGCACCACCAGGAGAUCGAGGAACUGCACAAGAUUAAGAUACAGCUUGACGGCCACGAAAGAGGCCUCCUGACUGUGUGAGAACACGACUGCAGCUUUAAGGACUUCCCCUUUUGUGUCUCAUAUUUAUCUCUUUUUCUGACAUUUGUUUUGGUCAAUAUUAAUGCCUUGCUUGGACUCAGCUUUAAAGCUCCUCACUUUGCUGCACAGACAGCCGAUACAUGUCAGACUGAUAAAUUAUUCAAGGGGUGAAGUCGCGUUGUUGGAUUUGUUUUAUAGGACCUUGUCUGUGUUUUAGAUCUGUUACAUCUGUUGGUCAAGGAUCAUGUAAAAGGUUUACAGACAAAAGGGCUAUUAUGUUCCGAGUGCCAUUUUUGUGCCAUUGUCUAUGUUUUUUAUUGUAGGGUUUGGUGACAAAAGCCAGUUACAUUAAUGAUCUGGUUCCACACUGGAAAAAUACCUGGACUCUGAACCUAACAAAUCUCUUAUUGAAUCUUUUAGCUCCCCUCACACCUCGUUAGCCAAGAGCUUCCAUUACUUUCGCCAGAGAAAAUGGUAAAUGUCAUAAGUUACUUGCCAUAACGCCCAAAUAUGUGACUUGUUUGAUCAUAAUGCUCUCAGUAAACUGGUUUCUGUGGUCUGCCAAAGAUUGUUUGUUAGCAAAAGAAGAUGAACCACUCUAACAACACUCCAGGAUCAAAAGCUGCAAAUAUUGAACGUUAAAUGGAUUCAAUACCUUAUUCAGAUUUGAUGAAUUUCUAUUGAACCCCCAGCCUUGUUGCACAUAUAACAUGGUCAGGUCUCACUGCUAACAGUCAACCUGCUCCUCAGUCUGGCUCACAUUUCACAUAAAACUGUCCUCUUUGUUUUAACUGUAAAGAGCCGAGUGGGGCACUUGGCUUAUGUCUGACUAACGGAGGCCAUUUGUAAAGUCUUAAAAUGUUUUUUGCAUUCUUGUUAAAUUGUUGGGAGGUUGACUGGGUUUUUAGGUCACAAAAUCUCAAAUGUUUUUGUCAUUUUUCUCCUUCAAAUAGCUUUUCAUCUUGUCUUACAAAGACCGUGGCGCCUGUGUAAAAAGUGUCGAGCCGAUCUCUUCUGCAAACUGAUUACUCUCAAAAGUGCUUGAAUAUAAAUAUGAAUGUGUCACUUUCCAAAUAUAGUUCUGCCUUACAGGAUUAUUGCCUUUUUUGAACUGCUGUUUUGCUAAAGGUCAUAACACUAGCUGAUCUUAAUUUUCUGGGAAUUUAGUUAUGCGAGACAAAAGUUUAAAUCCAGUUUAAGUGGAUGAGGAUGAGAGUAAGCACUUCCUUGGAUGAGGUCUGAGUAUGUUACUGCAUUUAAAAAAAACAAAAAAAAAAACUGUUAUCACAUUCCAAAUAAGAUGACUGACCAAAGCGCUGCUCAGUUUGUGUCUGAGAAGAGUGCACUUGUCAUAUAUUUGUACAGUGGGUGAGUGCCAAGGCUCCUUUCAGAGAAUAUCUUGCUUUGUCUCGUCUUUUUUGUUUUUGUGCUUCUUAAACGAAUACUGCAGAGGUCAGGGAGACCUGUGUUGGAAAGAUGAAAGUCACAGCCUGCAAUGGAUGACAAAAU